GUAAAAUGACAGAUUUUAGUUUUUUUUUAAAAAAACGUAUUAUUGCCAACAAUGGACGUGUUGCUCAACGUUGAGCAGCAGCUUGUGCGCGUCGCGGAUGCCUUAAUGCUCCCCUCAAACUACUCUCAUGCCUCACGAGUUCCCUCCGCAGCAAUACUGACCCCUGUACUCAUCCACAUCGAGCAGCUGCUGGACGAAAUCCGCUCUAAAACUCGCGCCAUCGUCGCUCAAGCUUCUAGACAGAGAACGGAGGAGUUGACAAACACAAAAAACGCAGAAUUUGAAGACCUUCGCAUCAAAUUGGAGACUCAAGACUUGGUGGAUUACGACUCAGAGACAGAGACAGAAGACGAAGCUGCAGUCGAGAAGGAGAAAGAAGGCGAAAAUGAACUGAUGACUGGAGUUGGAGUGAAACGAUCAAGAGAUGAUGAGACGGAAAAAGCAGAAGAACCGAAGCUGAAGCGGCAGGAAUUGGCUGUAGUUCGUAAUCGAAAUCGUCUUAGUGAUAACGUUGCGAUUUUUGUGAAGCAAGCCAAAAAAUGCUCGGAGCUGAGGGAAGAUGAAGAGGCGGCGACUGUGAGGAAAGCAAUGUCCACUUUAAUGCACCGGAGCUCGCUGUCUUUAAAAGGAAUGGUUGGCUUGAUUCAAGAUGGAGGCAAUAUUAGUGAAGCGAUCGCAGCGGAUUUCCGAGAUGCUGUGGUGUUACUGCCUACGGUCAUCGAACGUCAUCAAGAGAAGAGGAAAAUUAGUCGGAAUUGGAUUGAGGGCACAACGAAAAGCAUUGCUCAAGUAGUUGCACAUGCGAAAAAGAACGCAGAUGUGCCGGCUUGUCUAGCUGACCCGCAAUUGGAAGCUAUGUCACGAAGUAUUACUGAGAUUUGGGCUUCCUCGGGACCGGACUUACUACGCAAAAUGGAAAAUUAUAUUGAACAACUGACUCGUUUCGGCGCGUUGGAACCAGAUCGUAUGGAAAAACCUCUUGGAAAGCUAGCCAGUAUCUUCCGGAAAGAUAUUCAAACGUGCAAGCAGAAAAACAGUGCUUCACGGACAGAAGAAGACUGGAGCCGUUUCGCUAGAAUUGCCGAGGUUUUGGUGGAAUGGAUACGUUUGGCAGAACGAGCUACUGAACCACCGAACCUCCGACCACAUCUACUCCGAUUCGACCGCCAGAUUAAAGGCUUCGCAAAAAAGAACCCUGGACGAAUACCACCCAAUCUAAUCGAGUACGUUAAACUUGCGCUGUUAACUCGUCUGUCGCUAACAAUAUUUUUUUUUACGAAUAAUGUAGAGCUUCAGCUGUUUUGGUUGAGUUUGUCUCCCCGAAAAAUACAAAAAAUGAAGAAGCUCACAACAACUCAGGCAUCAGAUAUUAUGCAUGACCUCAUUACUGCACGCACCUUUGAAAAUCGUUGAAAAGGAGAUGACAAUCGACUUCCGAUUGUGCUGGUCUGUCGCUGGUUAUUUCUGCACAAGCGAAAGCAUUAUUGCGACUAGAUUUUGUUUCGGAAUACAAACCUGAUGAGUACUACACGUAAGGGCUGCUGUCAACGCGUACUUCCAACACUACAUCGGCUAAUCGCCUUUAAGCGGGCUUUUUAGGGUGACACUAAGGUUCUCGGGGCUAUUGAAGUGGAAACGAUGUAGUGUUGGUAAUGUGUCGGAAGCCUAAAAAUGCAGUUUGAUUUCAAACAUCUCUAGUAUUGGAUAGAGCGCUCACGUUGCUAGUUGCUUGGGAGGAAUCAUGGUGCUGACCAGCAUUCAUGCGAAUUUAAAACUUGCACUGUUCCAUAUCAUGAUUAAGAAGAAUGCAAAAAGAGUAAAACGCCGUUAAUUCAUCGCUUGAUCAAAUCAGUUAAAUCAAUUCAAUUGCUCUCCCCAUUACUCGUCCGGCGGAUUUAUUUUAUUGAGUAGGAAAUACGCCCCGAAAAAAGCUCCAACAAAUCCAAAAAAUCCGAAAAAGAACAAAUAUACC